AUGGGGCUGGGAGUGAGGCAGUGCACCAUCAUGCAUAGGGUUUUGCUUCUGGUUGUAAUGGUUUUCGGUAAUGGGUUAUCUUCGAAUGGGGUCAGUACUGUGAAUGAUACUGCGAGACCGAAGGUUGUCAACAUUGGGGCUCUUUUAAAUUUUAAUACUACUGUUGGAAAAGUUGCGAAGGUUGCAAUAGAAGCUGCAGUCGAAGAUGUGAACACUAACAAAACUAUUCUUGGUGAGACAAAGCUGAACCUUACAAUGCAAGACACAAAGAAUAGCGGCUUUCUUGGCAUGCUUGAGGCUUUAAGCUUGAUGGAUGGUGAGACAGUGGCCAUAAUUGGCCCACAGACUUCAGCUACUGCUCAUGUUGUAUCGCACAUCGCCGAUGAAAUUCAAGUCCCACUGUUGUCAUUUGGAGCAACAGACCCCACACUAUCUUCACUUCAGUACCCAUUCUUUGUCAGGACAACACAGAAUGAUCUAUUUCAGAUGGCUGCAAUAGCUGAAAUCAUAGACUACUACGGAUGGAGAGAUGUAACAGCAAUCUAUGUAGAUGACGAUCAUGGGAGAAAUGGAAUUGCAGCUUUGGGAGACAAGUUGGCCGAGAGACGCUGUAGGAUCUCACAUAAAGCUCCUAUAAGCCCUAGUCUGAGCCUCGAUGACAUCUCCAAUGAACUGGUCAAGGUGACCUUAGUGGAGUCUAGGAUUGUUGUUCUUCUUGCUUAUGCAGACUGGGGUCUUGAGGUGUUUAAUGUGGCACGACACCUUGGGAUGACAGGAAUUGGUUAUGUCUGGCUAGUUACUGAUUGGCUCUCUAGCACCUUCGAUACUGAUUCUCCUUUCUCUCCAGAAGCGUUGGAUGGAAUUCAAGGAGUUAUUACGCUGCGUAUGUACACACCAGAUUCAAAACAGAAAAGGAAAUUUGUUUCGGGAUGGAGCAAAUUGACGCAGGAUAAGAUGGUUGAUGGCACUUUUGGGUUAAAUACUUAUGCUCUAUAUGCUUAUGACACUGUCUGGUUGCUGGCUCAUGCAAUUGAUGCAUUUUUCAAGCAGGGAGGAAAUAUUUCAUUUUCCCAAGAUCCAAGUGUAACCGAGCUGCAUAGAGGGAAGCUACAAAUGGAUGCAUUGAGUGUCUUCAGUGGAGGGGAUCGUUUGCUUAACAGCAUUUUACAGGUUAAUAUGACUGGUUUAACAGGGCCAAUCAAGUUUACUUCGGAUAGGAACCUGGUUCGUCCUGCAUAUGAAGUUAUAAACAUCAUCGGCACAGGAUUUAGGAGGAUUGGUUUCUGGUCUAAUUACUCUGGCUUAUCGGUUGAGCCUCCGGAAAUGCUUUAUACAAAGCCACCUAAUCGUUCAAGUUCGAGUCAAGAACUAAGAAGUGUAAUCUGGCCUGGACAAACAACACAGAAGCCUCGCGGAUGGGUUUUUCCUAACAAUGGAAGGCAAUUGAGAAUUGCAGUGCCAAAUCAUGUCAUUUAUCAUGAGUUGGUCUCAGUAAAAGGUACUGAUACGUUCAGUGGAUACUGCAUUGAUGUAUUUACAGCAGCUUUGAGUUCUUUGCCUUAUGCUGUCCCAUAUAAACUACAUGCAUUCGGAGAUGGUUAUAACAAACCCCAAAUAUCUCAGCUUCUGCAAUUGAUCGAAGCCGGAGUUUAUGAUGCUGCAGUAGGAGACUUGGCUAUCACCAACAAUCGAACGAGGAUUGUGGAUUUCACACAGCCUUAUGUGGAGUCUGGCCUAGUCGUAGUGGCCCCAGUUCAGAAGUUGAACUCUAAUUCUUUGGCAUUCUUGAGACCAUUCACUCCAAUGAUGUGGCUAGUAACAGGAAUCUUUUUCCUUAUUGUGGGAGUUGUUGUUUGGAUCUUGGAGCAUAGAGUGAAUGAUGAUUUUCGAGGCCCUCCUAAAAGACAAAUUGCAACUGUUAUAUGGUUUAGCUUUUCAACAUUGUUUUUCGCCCAUAAACAAAAUACCAUUAGCACACUUGGUCGCUUCGUGCUAAUCAUUUGGCUAUUCGUAGUCCUCAUACUCAAUUCAAGCUACACUGCAAGUUUGACCUCGAUUCUUACGGUGGAACAACUUACUUCGCCCAUUAAAGGGAUUGAGAGUUUGGUAUCAAGCAAUGACCGCAUAGGCUACCAGCGUGGUUCAUUCGCUGAAAAUUAUCUAGCAGAGGAAUACAACAUACCCAGUGAAAAGGAAGAGGAGGCGGAUAGUCGGUCCAACAAAAGGGGAAUGGGUAGGGCCUCACAUGGAAUCAGAGCUGGAGAUGAAUCAACGAAUGGUUCUUCUGGGAAUAGUAAUCCCUGUAAUGAAGUCUAG